AUGGAGCUCCAACUUCCGCCUCGCGGGGUGAAGCGCGAAAGGGAAGACGAGGAUGCCGAUGCUCACUCUGCCGAACCGCCUCGGUCCGCUAUGAGGCCCACAGACUCCAACGGCUUACUCAAUCUGUGCCAGAACUUCAGACUCCUCCCCGUGCCAGAAGACAAGGAUGAUCUGGAGACGACCGCUAGAAAAAUGGAGGACCUGGCCAGGGAAGUUGACAACGGAAACAGUCUCGCACUCUACACAGGCCUGCAGGUGGCUUCGCAGCGUCCGAGAAACCCAGAGAGUAUUGCAAAAGCACACUUGGCACCACACGAGCGGUGGCUAUAUGAUUGCUGGAGAAAGUCGAGGGAUAGCUACGACAAUGCCGUGGAUGGUAUGAGACUUCCGGACUUUAACUGGGAUAAAUGGGUGGCACCCCUGCCCAAUGGGAUGCAGAGUCUCAAUAAAUUCCGACAGCGCGCAGAAGCCAUGGAUCGGAUUUGGGGCCAUCAUGGGGCCACGGCCGAGCACGCCUCAUGGCUGACCUACCACUUGCCUUCGAUGUUACCCCUGGUCAAAGCCGUGACGAAGGUCACCAAUCUCCAAAGGAACAACCAGCCCCGUGAACCCCGUGAACCCCGUGGAUCGCGUGGAGCGCACCCCCGUGGACUGACCGACAUGGAGGUUGCAGAGCUUGAAACGGCGCGCAAGGUUGUGGCCGCCGCAGAGAAGAACAGGUGCCGGGAGACAGAGAAGAUUCGCAGGUUAACCAGAUCUAUUGCCAAUUCGGUCACAGUCAUGAAGUCGCGUGUGCAUACGCUCGAGGAAAGAAGACAUGGUCGAUUGUAA